AUGGCGACGACCGCCGUACCGGAGCUCGCGCCUCUCCACCCGCCGCGUGGCCCUCGACCGGAAGUGCCCGCGGCUGCUUCCGGUCCGCCCUCCCUCCGGCUUCCCGCGGCGGCCGCGGCGCUUCCGGCGCUCGGUAUGUCGGCGGCGGGGCCGGAGCGGCCGCAGGUGGUGGCGCACGUGCAGCAGUCGCUGAGCUACACCGUGUUCGACUGCAAGUGGGUGCCGCGCAGCGCCCGCCUGCUGUGCCUCGGCAGCGCCCCGCGCGGCACCGGCGUGCUGCAGCUCUACGAGCUGCGCGGCGGGCGGCUCCUGCUGCUCAGCGAGAUCGAAAAGGCCAAGCCGAUAAAAUGCGCGACUUUCGGGGCCGCCUCCCUGCAGCAGAGGCACCUGGCAACGGGGGACUUCGCGGGCAGCCUCAGCAUCUGGAAUUUAGAAGCUCCCGAAAUACCCGUGUAUUCUGUGAAAGGUCACAAGGAAAUCAUUAACAGCAUAGAUGGUGUAGGAGGCCUGGGAAUUGGGGAAGGUGCACCAGAAAUUGUGACGGGCAGUCGAGAUGGCACUGUGAAGGUGUGGGACCCACGGCAGAAGGAGACUCCUGUCGCUAACAUGGAACCUGCGCAGGGAGAGAGCAAAAGGGACUGCUGGACUGUGGCUUUUGGCAAUGCUUACAAUCAAGAGGAACGUGUUGUUUGUGCUGGAUACGACAAUGGGGACAUUAAAUUGUUUGACUUAAAAACCAUGUCACUGCGAUGGGAGACCAACAUUAAGAAUGGGGUUUGCAGCGUGGAGUUUGACAGAAAAGAUGUGAAUAUGAACAAGCUAGUGGCCACGUCACUGGAGGGAAAAUUCCAUGUUUUCGAUAUGAGGACUCAGCACCCGACUAAAGGUUUUGCUUCUGUUUCAGAGAAGGCACACAAAUCCACCAUAUGGCAGGUUCGGCACCUCCCACAGAACAGAGAUGUAUUUAUGACGAGUGGAGGAGCUGGGAGCCUUCAUCUCUGGAAGUAUGAGUACCCGGCUCAGCGCUCAAAGAAGGACUCGGAAGGAGCUGAGAUGGGGGUGGCAGGUUCUGUCAGCCUCUUGCAGAAUGUGACUCUGUCAACACAGCCGAUUUCUAGCCUGGACUGGAGCCCUGACAAAAAGGGGCUGUGUGUUUGUGGUGCCUUUGACCAAACUGUGAGGGUACUGAUAGUUACCAAGCUUAACAAAGUUUGACAGGAAAACUGGGGUUUCUGAUGAGAAAGCAACAUAGUUUGCAGUCUGUAAAUAUGGGAGGGAGGGCCCUACUGCUUUUAAUUUAAUUUCUCCCUUGUUAGAACUGGAUUAAAGAAAUAGAAACCAGAUCUUUCUAUUGAAAGUUGAGAUACAUGCACUUAAGAGUUGUUUGAUUGUGCUGCAAUGACUUGGGAAAACUUUCUUGGGCAUAGAACUUUUACCUUCUGGAAAUGUAAAUUGACAUUAAAAUGAAACGUGCCUUUCCAUUAACACAACCUGUAACUUCAAUCACAUGAGUUGCCUGUGUUCAGUUUAACCACAAUGCAAAUCCAUUUGUGGUUGUGGAAUUGUUUGGCUGUUUUGUAUGUAGUGAUGUCCAUAUGCAUUCAUGCAGUGGAAGCUACUAUAUGCUUCCUCCAUAGAAACUCUGUGCUUACUGGAAUUUGUUAGUUAGAAUGUUUGUUAAAGGACUUAGAAUUCUUUAAUACACUGUAGAAACUACAAUGAGAACUAAAUAUCCAGGUUUAACAGUGUAAAGUUUUUGUUGAAGAUGGCAUCCAAAUUAAACUCUUGCACAAAAUGCAUUGUUUUAUUAUUUUAGUUUGGAUUUGUAAUAAGUUUUUAGUGUGCUGUUGAUUUUUUUUUUUUCUUAUAUCUGUUUUUAACUUUGUAUUCCACAAAUAAAAUUAUUUGAGGCAUUGUUUCAA